GGUUCACUAUUAGCGACCUUUAGGCACUGGCGUAAGGUCGAAUUACAUUAGUUGUAAAGUGAAGACGGGUCUUUUAUAGGACACAGCGCAUUAGCAGUUUACCUAUGUAUGACGCAAAGGGAAAUUCCUGUCUUCGGAAGACAAAUAAUUUUCAGCGAGACGUUCUAUUUAACGAGGAGCUACUUGAGAAGAAUGAACCAUCUUAUAUAGUUCCGUCGCUUCGUCACUGCUGCCGUCGACGGAUCACGGUAUCAGUGAUAACGUAUGCAUUUGUUCUUCUAUAUGUGUCUUCCCAUUGUGAGGCGGAGUACCUCUGUGGAUCUCGACUUGUUGAUGCCCUGCGUUUCAUCUGCGGCUCUCGAGGAAUUAACGGGCCUGGCCGCGGAAGCUAUAUGCAUGCACGAAGAGGCUCGCAUUUGAGAAAACGACCCGAAGCUGACAUUACAGUGUUAUGUUGUGAACGCGGCUGCACUAUGAAACAAAUGGAAAGGUUUUGUGGGGAACCUGGAAGAAGACAUCAGAGUCGCAGACGUGGAUACAGGAACCGUCACCGUAAUCCUUACUCUCGUUAUCCCAGACCUCCGCACCCGCCGACCUUUAAUGACCCCCCUGCAACUACCAGUACUGAGCUCAUCACUACGACCGCUAUGAGCACCACGAUGCGGCAAAAUGCUACAACCGCAGUUCGAUCUACGUUGUUAGACGACCUAAGGCAUAGGUAUCGGUCUAUUCUUGAGCGGGAAAGAGCACGUUCUCAGUCAGGAAAUGCAGCAGAUCGAAAGAGCAUUUUUCAUGAUAUUGUAAAAGUGGCAUCGGAGUUAUUUCGCGAAUCGAAUACAGACCCGGGCGGGAGCGGUUAUGAAUACGAAUAUCAUGACAGAAUACUCACAGCAUCUUUUCACGUGAAUGCCGAGUCCGAGGACCAUCACUGAGCGAAGUGGGCCUGCUAUGGGUUAUAUCCAAAUGGGUAACGGUCGCUGAGGGCGAAUUUCGAGAUGACAAAAGCAGGCCGCUACACUGCAUGUGGCACGUCAGGGCAUAAUAGACGUGAUAUCAAAUGCAAUAUAACCUUGCGUACCAGGUGUAGUGUGCGGAAAAGCAAAGGUAAAUAUUUAUUAACCGAACAUUGUUCUGUGAUGGUCGUUUAAACAAAGACCAAGCUUUUACUUGUAAAGAUUCAUGUUGUUUAUGAGAUUAUGCGUUCUGCGCUAUAUAGUUCAGAAUGAGCUAACGUAUUUAUUUCGUGGGUGUCUAAACGUUAUCUUACAAAAUCAUCCUCAAAUAAAACUCGUCAACGUGUACCAGAAUUUCCGAGGAGCUACUUUAUUUAUUUUGCCGUGC